AUGAAUGAAACUGAUUCUAAAUGUGAUGGAUCUGGUGGGUUGCAAUCAUGUUUUGAGACAAAUGAAGAAGGAUAUGGCCCAGAAAAGCACAAGUAUUUAGAUUUUCAUGCUGAAUUGGAUAUGAAUGACCCACAUUUUGAGAUUGGAAUGAAGUUCAGCAGUUUUAAUCAAUUCAAGGAGCUUGUUAGGAACUAUGGAAUUAAGAAUAGGUACGUAAUGAAUUUUAGGCCCAGUAACAAGAAGAGGUGCAAGGCUAUUUGCAAGAAAGGAUGUCCUUUCUAUUUAUGGGCAGCUUCUAUGAUUAAAGACCACAACACUAUACAAAUAAAAUCUGGAAUCCUCAAACAUGAGUGCACUAGGGAUCACAAUGUGAGGCAUGUUAGUGCAAAAUGGGUUGUUGAAAAUUAUUUGGAUCAAUUUAGGGUAGAUCCAGGCUGGUCAAUAGAAAGCAUCAUGCAAGCUGUGAUGAAAAAGCAGCAAGUUAACAUUACAAGACUAAAGGCUUGGAAGGCAAAAAGUAUUGCAAAAAACUUAUUGGACGGUGAUGAAUGUGAGCAGAUCAAGAGUUUAUAUGAUUAUAUGCUUGAAACUCGCGGACAAAUCCAGUCUCCACUCGUCUGUGGUCUGGAAUGGGAUCCGGCGCUCUGCUCCACUUCCGGGAACAUCUUGAUCAAGGGAGGGACUGUGGCGAACGCUCAUCACAAGGAGGUCGCCGAUGUCUAUAUCUAG